GAUAGACGUGGGCAGCGAGAACAACUACUCGGGGCAGAGUCACGGCUCCGGCAUUCGGUCCCAUUCCCCGACAACCACGUCUCAGAUCAUGGCCAGGAAGAAGAGGAGAGGGAUUAUAGAGAAAAGGCGCCGUGACCGUAUCAAUAACAGUUUAUCGGAGCUGAGGCGGCUCGUGCCAACGGCUUUUGAAAAACAAGGAUCUGCGAAAUUAGAAAAAGCGGAAAUACUGCAAAUGACAGUGGAUCAUCUGAAGAUGCUGCAGGCGACGGGAGGGAAAGGUUACUUUGAUGCUCACUCCCUGGCCAUGGAUUUCAUGAGCAUCGGAUUCCGGGAGUGCCUGACGGAGGUGGCGAGGUACCUGACCUCAGUGGAGGGGCUCGACACGUCCGACCCGCUGCGCGUCCGGCUGGUGUCCCACCUCAGCACCUGCGCCUCGCAGAGGGAGGCCGCCGCCAUGACCUCCUCCAUGGCCCACCACCACCACCCCCUGCACCCCCACCACUGGGCAGCCGCCUUUCACCACCUCCCGGCCGCCUUGCUGCAGCCCAACGGACUCCACGCUGCGGAGGCCGCCCCGUGCAGACUCUCCUCGGACGUGCCCCCCCACCACAGCUCUGCCCUGCUCACCGCCACCUUCGCCCACGCCGACGCCGCCCUCCGAGUCCCCUCCGCCGGCAGCGUGGCUCCCUGCGUGCCCCCCCUCUCCACCUCCCUCCUCUCCCUCUCCGCCACCGUCCACGCUGCGGCAGCGGCAGCCACGGCCGCUGCCCAGAGCUUCCCCCUCUCCUUCACCGGCGCCUUCCCCAUGCUCCCCCCCAGCGCUGCCGCCGCCGCCGUGGCUGCGGCCACCGCCAUCACCCCUCCCUUGGCCGUGUCUGCCACCGCCAGCCCUCAGCAGGCCGGCAGCGGGGGCGGCACGAAGCCCUACCGACCCUGGGGGACUGAAGUGGGGGCCUUUUAAGUUGCCCCCUCUCCCUUCCCGGGCCGGCUCCCUCCUCUCCCUCAGCACGGGCCCCCGUGCAUCCCCACACCCUCCCACCACCGCCCCGAAGGCCAACAGGGAGGUGCCACCAGCCCACCGAGGAACACCAUGGCUGUCCUCCUCCCUCCCGGCGUCGGAGAGGACACGGGGCGGUACCACCACCACCACCUUCUUCUGUCCGGCUCUGUUCUUCUGGAGGUGCCGGCGGGAGGAGCAGGGGCUGCCGGUAGCGGCGCGGCCACGUCGGCCUGUGGAGGUGUCCUGGGAAACACGUGGGCGCCAGAACUAACACUUCUCCAGCCAUGCAUCCCUGUUGGGCAGCAAGGUGAGGGACGGCGCCUGCCAGCUCUCCCCGGGCUGGGAAAGAGAGUUUGAGCUUCAUAAGUGCCUGACAUUGAAAAAAAGAUAAUAAUAAAAAUAUUAUAUAUGUGUGUCUUCUGCUAAAGCAAAUAACAUUGCACAGGUAAGGAGAUGGUAUGGGAGAGAGGGGGAGUCCUGCGUCCAGGACUUGGGUAUCCUUCCAGAGAAGAGCGUGCUCUCGAAGGGGAGAGGUUUUUUUAGCCAAAAGAUUGCCAAGGAAGAAUGUUCAACUUGACAGGCCUACUUCUCACUUCCUUCGUUCACUUUCUUUGUACGGACUUGCCAAAUCGUGACAUCUAGCAUAGCAUUGGUAAAAGCAAUUAUUUUAACAGUGCUGGGAUUAAUGAAGGUUUCAGCACUGCCUGUGAGCCUCCAGGCACCCUGUUUUAUGGCUUCAAUAUGGUGCUAGCGUGUGUCUGACAGACGGUGAGCUUGUCACGCACCCGGGAGUAACCACCUACUUAAAGUGUGCACACUCGGAUACGCUCGAUCCACACCGAUACAAGAGACUCGGUGUGGCGAGACUUCAAAUUAACUUAUUUAGCUGUAUUUGGACAUUUACUUUUAGCUGAUUCUGUGCAAGAUCCCUCUUCUUUUCACUAUCACCUACAGGGAGAACGAUCGCUCUGGGUAUGAAUGAAGUUAUGGUAGGGACAAUUCUUAAAUUGGCUAUUAACACGCCAACAUUGUAAUGUGGGUUUGAUUCCAAACCAAAAUGAAUGUAUUAAAGGGUAUGUCAGUAAAUUAUUUUGUCAAUACCCAGACAACUAGUGCUGCAUAAAAUGGUUUGCUUUCAUUUUUUAUUACAGUGACUUAAAAUAACCUAAGUAUUUUAAUACAUCCAGUCAAGACCUAGAGAUUUUAUGUAAAAAAAAAAAAACAAACAAACAAAAAAACACAGCAUGUAUUAUUAUGCACUUGAUUUCUCUGCUGUGUGGAGAAAGCAAUAAGCAUUGAGAAUGUUAAACAUUAUGCAAAAUAUACUUUAAAAUAUUUGUUUUAAAAAUACUGUACCUAGUCGGUCUUUUAUGCAUUACUUUGUUAACCUUUUUUCUAUGCAAAAGUCUUUACAUAUCACUAAUUAAACGAAGUCCUUUUUGACUGCU